GACUCACCUACAGAAGAUGUCUUUAUCUUCAGUCUGCACAAAUUAAUUGUUGUCUGAUCAUAUAUUAUCUUUGUGAUGAUGGCACCAUGGAUCAACAUUUGCUAUUGUUUUGCUUUAUUUCUCUUCUUUGAUGGGUACCCAACCACUGCCCAGCCGUACCCAGCUACUGCAAAUCUUUCCACCACAUGGACCACCCACAAUGAUACGCUUGAUUACGAAUUUUGUAACACAAAGAUUCAACCCAUCCUCCAUAGAGAGUCAUUCGCCUGUGGUUUCUACUGCAAUGGAACCUGCACAUCUUACCUCUUUGCAGUCUUUUUUGUUGAAACUAACAACAGUGUUAUAAAUGACCAUGGAGGAUUCUGCCCUCAAGUCGUUUGGUCUGCAAACCGCGAGUAUCCAGUUAGCAUUAUUGGCACAAAAUUGAAGUUUACAAAACCUGGAGAUUUGGUCCUUGGGGAUGUGGAUGGAAGCACAGUUUGGACUACCAACACAACUGGGAAAUCUGUUGUUGGUAUGAACUUAACUGAUACUGGAAACCUAGUGUUGUUUGCUGUCAAUGGCUCUGUUGUUUGGCAAUCUUUUGAUUACCCGACUGACUGUUUGCUGCCGGGGCAAAUACUGUUUCCAGGACAGCAACUGAUACCUAGUGUCUCCUCAACCAAUUGGACGGCUCAAAAAGGUUUGUUUUCUCUUCAAGUAACUGAUGAUGAUUUGGUUGCUUAUGUGGGAUCAAACCCACGCCGCCCCUAUUACCGAGCCGUGUAUGGCAUCUCUGGAAAAGAGAAAAUAAAAUACGUUGCGUUCUUGAAUGGACUCUUGUCUAUUUCCUUUUCUUCUGCUGAGCAUUCUGACUUUUAUAUUGAGAUACCUGCAGCAUCAUCAGCUCAGUAUAUGAAAUUCAUGCCUGAUGGGCAUUUGACGGUGUUUGAAAUCAAAGGAGGAGAAUGGUCUGCGGUGGCUGAUCUACUUACCAAUAAAUAUUAUGGAGAGUGUAGUUACCCUUUGGCUUGUGGUAGAAAUGCCCUUUGCACGAACAAGCAACAAUGCAUCUGUCCGGCAUCAAGCCCUCACACGAUAGACUAUUUCAGACCAGUGCUUGAUCGGCAACCGAACUUGGGUUGCACUGCAAUUACUCCUCUCACAUGUAAUGCCACCCAAGAUCAUGCUUUUAUUUCGCUUCCUAACGUCAGCUUCUACCAGUUUAUACGCCCACACAUGAAGUUUGUAAGUAUGGAGACUUGCAAACAAGCAUGUCUCCACAAUUGCUCUUGCAAAGCAGCUGUAUUUGAACAUGUUUCAGAUUUUACAGAUGUGAGAUGUCUUUUAUAUUAUGACCUCUUUACAAUGAUCAAUGUUGAAGUAGAUGCAUAUCAUAGUGUUACAGCUUUCAUAAAAGUCCAGAAUGUAAAAUCAAAGAAAAAGAGCAAGCCAAUUGCAGUUGUUAUAGCUUCCACUAUUGUAAGCAUUUUGGUUCUGCUUGUGGUUGUUGUUACUUUCUUAUAUUAUAAGCCAAGAUCGGGAACUCAAAUAGAGGAAGAUUAUAUAGAUAUGGUCCCAGGAAUGCCGACUCGGUUCACCUAUGAAGAACUUCAAACCGCCACACAGAACUUUUGUAAAAAGCUUGGUCAAGGAGGAUUCGGAUCAGUUUUCGAAGGAACUCUUGAAGAUGACUCAAAGAUUGCAGUUAAAUGUCUCGACGGUCUUGGUCAAGUUAACAAAUCAUUCCUAGCUGAGGUUGAAUCCAUUGGAAGCAUUCACCAUGUGAAUCUGGUUAGACUUAGAGGAUUUGGUGCAUGGAAAUCACAACGGUUUCUCGUAUAUGAUUUCAUGAGUAACGGGUCACUAGAUAAGUGGAUCUACCAUGGAAAUGGAGAAAGCGUACUAGGAUGGGAAUGCAGAAAGAAAAUCAUUCUUGAUAUAGCCAAAGGUUUAGCAUAUCUCCAUGAAGAUUGCAGGCAAAAAAUCAUUCACCUCGACAUUAAACCUCAAAAUAUACUCAUAGACGAAGAUUUCAAUGCAAAAGUAUCUGAUUUUGGGUUAUCUAAGCUUAUUGACAGAGACCAAAGCCAUGUGACGGCCACAAUGAGAGGAACCCCGGGAUAUAUGGCUCCUGAAUGGCUAAGCUCAGUUAUAACUGAGAAAGUGGAUGUAUAUAGCUUUGGGAUUGUUCUAUUAGAGAUCUUGUGUGGGAGGAAGAAUUUUGACAGGUCUCAGCCCGAAGAAAGUUGGCACUUACUUGAUGUUUUUCAAAAGUGUUGGGAACAAGGGACGUUGCUAGAUAUUGUUGACAAGUACAGUGAAGAUAUGCAGACACAUGGCUCAGAAGUUGUGGAGAUGAUGAAAGUGGCUUCGUGGUGUUUGCAAACUAAUUUUACAAGAAGGCCUCCCAUGUCAUCCGUGGUUAAUGUAUUAGAAGGACGAAUGGAUGUAGAAUCGAACUUGGAUUACAAAUUCACUGAUCCUAGAUUACAAAACCCAACAAUCGAACAUAAGAAAGAUGUGACACCGUUGUUGGCUUCUGUUCUAUCUGGUCCAAGGGAUGAUGAAAUUGGCUUCAACAAAAUAAUCCAUUUUUUUAAGCACAAGAAUGUGUGUACCAUUUUUAAGUGUUCUUGAUCUUUGUGUCAAGAUCAUCAAGCGAAUGUCAUGACAGAUAGCCAGCGAUUCAAGGAAUGCAGCCACUCGAGGUUUAUGCAUAUUUAUAAUCAGUCUAAUGAAUGUGUUGAUUUGGUUUAGUUUUGUCUCACAUGAUGACAUGAUUGGAUCAAAAAACAAAGCGAGAAAAACCAAACAGUUCAAACUUCAAACAGGUUUGAGAGUUGUCCAAAAUGUAUUUAAAAUGCAUA